AUGACAAUGCAGCCUGAACUAGCUGUAAAUGUCUUCUGGGAUCUGGAGAACUGCUCGGUACCCUCACAUAUGAGGGGAAUACAUGUGGUCAAUGCAAUACGAUCAUUCGCUCUACAACGUGGCGUACUAAAGAAUAUAUCAGCCUUUGCCAAUCUAAAGCUGAUCAAGGAUGAACUGCGCUCCAACCUACAAGAGUGCGGUGUGCUCCUACACGACGUGUCGCGAAACAAGUCCAAUGCAUCGGAUAUCGCUAUAUUGGUGGAGAUACUCAAACUGGUCAUCGAUAACAAGCCACCUCAUUGUAUCGUCUUGAUAUCUGGUGAUCGAGACUUUAGCAAUGUGCUCAACACGCUGACCUUUCGUCGAUACCAAGUCUACUUGAUACACUCGUCGCACGCCUCUGACGUGCUCAAAUACUCUGCCACUGCCUCCUACGAAUGGUUCUCUCUUCUCCGCGGAACAAUCAAGGCGCCAACAUCUCCUGUCAUGCCACCAUCAACUCCACCACAACAGCAACAACAGUUAUCUUAUGGUGGUGGUGGUGGAUCGGGUAAUGGUAUGCAGCAACAACAACAACAGCAACAGCAUCAACCACAACAACAACAACAGCAACAACAACAACAACAACAGCAGCAACAACAACAGUUCACCAAUCUCAAUAGUCCAUCACAUAACAAUGUUCGAGAGCAUGCUCCUCAGUCACAACAACAACAACAACAACAACAACAACAACAACCACAACAACAACAUCAACAACAGCAACAACAACAACAACAACAACUUCAGCAACAACAGCAACAACAACAACAACAAUUACAACAACAACAACAACAACAGCAGCAACAGCAACAACAACAACAACAGCAACAGCAACAACAACAAUAUAAUGUUGGCAAGAACGAUAAAGUCGACAUUGAGAAGGACAGCUUCAAACUGAACGCACCGCCGCAAUCGGACGAGGCCGACACACAGUCGCAGCAGGCCGCCGACGACGCCAAUGGGUCCUCGGAGGACACCAGCGGCAACAACUCGCCCACCAACAUCCUGCGGAACCUCAGCUGCGACAGGUUCGCGAAUGACGACGUACUCUCUGACCUGACCGAGCAGAUCGACCUGUGUAGCAGCAGCGUCGCUGGCGGCGUCAAUGGGCCCGUCGAUGAGAAGAAGAAGUCGACUGACAACGAGCAUGCCAUGUUCAGCGGCUCGCCCAACCAUCUGGAGGUGGACGACGAGGAUUUCAACAAUGAGGAGGAUGCCGAGAUGCGCGGCAACAUGUACGAGGUGGACGAUGAGGAGAGCUCUUACGCCGACUUCCAAGAGCCAGGCUCUGACUCUUUCGCCUUUGGUGGCGAUGAGAUCAUGAGCAGCAGCAACAACCAACAUAACAAGUUAAUCAAGAUGUCAAAUAACAACAACAACAACAGUAACAACAACAACUUUGAAAAGACAACAAUGGCCAUUCCAAAGGACUAUCACCAUAUCACCUUUACAAACUGUCAGCACCUCAACUCGGUAAUAGCAAAGUUCUUCCCACUGCUAGAGAUGCUGGAGAAGAGCGAGAACAAACGACUGGUAUUCUCAGAGAUUGGCAUCAAGAUGCAGUUCCUCAAGCUCGGCUAUACAAAGCUCAACAACUACCUGUAUGACGCGCAAGCCAUCGGACUCAUCUCGAUCAAACAGAUCAGACAGAUAUCGUGGGCCUUUCCCAAAGUCAGCCUGGACAACCGCUCAUCAUUCGACCUCUCCAAGAACUUCCAAAAGAUCUACUCGCAUCUGCUGCUGGCGCUCGAAGGCCUCAAGACCGACUACUUCCGGCCGACCGAGUCACAGAUCGUGAAGCGAAUGAAGAAGCUCGAUCUACCUUGCUACAACUUUGACCUCAUUCUCAUCCCGCUGGCCAUGUCUCACUCGCUCAUAAUCGAAGGAGAGAAGCCCAACCGACUGGUCUAUCCACCGACUGGACGCUAUGAGGGCCUGGACCCAUCGAACCCCAAUCCAGACUACUUCUCACCGCACACCUGGAAGUUGUUUGAGGACUUCCUUCGAUCCGUGCAUCCACUGUCCAGGAAUGGCCGCUAUGGAUUCGCACUCUUCCUCAAAGAGUCUGGUCCAUCCGAGCUCCGCGAGAUGCCCCUGGCAGUUGUCACCUCAAUGGUCGAGCUAGCACUCAAGAAGAAGCUACUCCUUUACAAGAGCUCAAAUAUUUGUACCAACAUCCAAGAAGAACAAUCGUCAUCGAUUAACAAGCAGAGUUCUCAAGUCGGUGAAGAGAAACGAUUAGAAGAGAAGGACUCACCUAAUGACCCUAGCAAUGAACUGGUAUCUUCCAAAAAGUUUGAUGAAGAUACAGUACCGGUUUCUUUUACUUGGCCAUAUAGUGGCCAUGUUAUUCAGCUGACCGGAUCCUUCUUUAUGUGGGACCAGAAGGUGCCACUGACGGACCAGCUCUCGAUGAAUACCUCUCCUCAACGCAACAGUCUGUUGUUGGGAAUUGAAGAGAAGCGAACAGAUAGCAGUGGAGUAAUGGCAGGCGAUAGUAUAUUGUCCACUAUGCUCUAUCUCGCUCCUGGCAGGUAUGAGUACAAGUUCAUUGUCGAUGGCAACUGGGAGUACGAUCCUCAGAAGCCUGUUGUUACGGACGAUCGCGGAAACAUCAACAACCUCUUGGUCGUCAAUUCAAAGAUCAGAAAGGAAUGA